AUGAGCCCAGGUACAUCUACAGGGGGAAUUAUCUCCAUCUUAUUAGGAAGGUUACGUCUCUCAGUGGAAGAUUGCUUGGACAUAUACGCAAGUCUAUCUCGUAAAGUCUUCAAGAAUGAGCGGUUCGGCAAGGGCUUCUUCCAGUCAAAGUUUGACCAUACAAUCUUGGAAGAAGUCAUCAAAAUUGAACUCAAGAAGAUUAAGAAGCGCACAAGACGGCACGAGACUGGGCAGGACGUACCUCUGGGUGGCGGCGAUAGCGAUGGAGAAGAACCAAGCGGCGUGCCGACUGACUCUGCAUCGCACAUACGCGUGCGACCGAGGAGACCUGGUUCUCCUGAUAUCCAAGAGGGCAUCGAGGCGAGAAUGUUGGACACCUACGACCGUGCGUGCAAAGCGUUUGUUUCCGCUACACCUGGUAUUGAUGUCCAGCGUGACCAGCCAAAGCUCUUCCGAACUUAUCAGAGCCGUGAGACCAACGCUGUACCAGAUUGCAAAAUUUGGGAAGCUAUCCGUGCUACUUCUGCCGCUCCUACCUUCUUCGACUCGAUCACAAUCAACGACCUUACGUACGUCGAUGGUGGAUUUGGUUGUAAUAACCCUUGUAUCGAGGUGUACGAAGAAGCCCGCAAAAUCUGGCCCAACCGGGAGAUUGGCGUGAUCCUCAGUCUCGGAACGGGGAUGCCAAAGGUUCUUUCAAUAGACAAUCCAUCUUACUUUGACCAGUGGUGGCCUCGACCAUGGGUACAGGUCCUGGAGAGGAUUGCAACACAGUGUGAUGCAACUCACCAGGAGAUGUAUCGCAAAAGGGAGCUCAGAGGCAAAUACUUUCGCUUCAAUGUGCAGCAAGGACUUCAGAGCGUCUCGCUAGCCGAAUGGGACAAACUGGGCGAGGUCGGAACGCAUACAGAGCAGUACAUGCGAGACGCGGACAUAGUCCCGAAACUCAACCAAGCAGUCGAGUGCAUUCUCGCUGUGGAAACUGAUCCUGGAGUUGGCACGGAUGACGAGGAACAGCAGGAACCUCCAAGUUACUCUCGAGCAAUUUCGCUGUAUCGUUGA